GGUUCCCGAGCGUCGCGCGGCUCCGACGGCUGCCGCGUUGCUAUGGAAACGGCUCUCCCCGUCCGAAGCUCCGCGAGCUCGAUGGCUGCUGGGGAGCCGGGGCACUCAGGCGGCUUCGACUUCAGGUUCCUGCCUCAGAAACCCUUCCCGUCCCUGAGCGCCCCGGAGACCACCAGCCGGCUCCGCCAGUGGUCCAUGCUGGGCAGACUCAAGGCGCAGGCGUUCGGGUUCGACCAGACCUUCCAGGCCCACCGGAAGGACGACUUCGUUCUGGCUUUUUUCAAAGACCCAAACGUUAUUCCAAAUCUGCAGUUACUUUCAGAUUCUUCUGGACAGUGGAUUACAUUAGGAACUGAAGUGGAAAAAAUUGAAGCUACAAAUGUUCCGUGCACACAGCUUUCAAUGUCAUUUUUUAAUCGGUUAUAUGAAGAAGAUAUUGUACGAGACAGUGGACAUAUUGUGAAAUGUUUAGAUUCUUUUUGUGAUCCAUUUAUGGUUUCUGAUGAAUUACGAAAAGUGUUGCUAAUAGAAGACUCAGAAAAAUAUGAAGUAUUCAGUCAGCCAGAUAGAGAUGAGUUCCUAUUUUGUCUUUUUAAACAUCUUUGCCUUGGUGGAUCCCUUUGUCAGUAUGAAGAUGUACUCAAACCAUACCUGGAAACAGCAAAGCUUCUCUAUAAGGAUCUGGUGAGUGUUCGAAAGCAUCCACAAACCAAGAAAAUACAAAUUACCUCUUCUGUCUUUAAAGUUACAGCCUAUGACUCGGAUGGUGUGUGCUACCCUUCUAGGAAGAGUCACGAGCAGACCUUUUCUUACUUGGUUGUGGACCCCGUCAAACGUCACGUGAAUGUUCUGUACCAUUGUUUUGGUGUUGGGGACAUGUCUUGAGUCCUUUAGAUGAUCUGUACCUACUGGCUUUUCCUUUAUUGUUUUUCCAUUUCCACAGUAAUUUAGAAAUAAAUGUUUAUUCUGUAGAGAACUGCUUAGAGCAGA